AUGAAUAUAAAUGAAAAUAAAAUGCCAAUAAUACCUAUUGAAGAAUCAAAGCAUUAUUCAUACAGUGAAGAAAAUGACACAAUUAAUCUUGAAAAUAAUUCAAAUGAUUUGAAUAGUAUUCAAAAUUUUCUUAUAAGUAAUGUAUCAAAUAAUGGAUCAGUGAAAUGUAAUGAUAAAAAAGAUGAAUCAAUAUUAAAAAAAGAUAAUAUAAAUUUUAAUUUAAUAAAGAGAAAAAAAGGAACGAAAAAAAAAGAUCCAUAUACUAGUAGCCAUAUUAUGCUUGGUAAUAUUAAAAAUAAUAAAAAAAUAAAUAUGAAAAAAAGGUUUUUAAUGAAUUAUGGGGAUCAACAUAUCAAUGCAUCUGAAUUAUCUGAUAUAAAAGAUUUUGAAAAUAGUUCAUAUAUUCAUGAAAAUAAUCGAAUGCUUUUAUAUGAUCAUAAAUUUAGAGAAUAUCCAAUUAGGAAAAGAGAGAAGAAAAGUGAAAUUAUUCGGAACUUUUUUGUUUAUUCACCAGAUAUUAUACAAAAAUGGAUAAGAGUUAUAUUUAAUAUUAUAAUAACAUCUUUAAUAGUUGUUUUAAUAUAUUUUAUAUUUAUAUCUGUUAGAGAAGAUAUAAAUAAAAAGGUAGCAAUUCAAGUACAAAAUGUAAAAGAAGAAUCUAUAUCUUGUAAAAAACAGUACAUUGCUCAUAAAUGUGGAACAGUUAAUUUACCUCUUUUAAAUGAAAAAUGUGAAGAAUGGCUAAAAUGUAUGAAAACAGAUCAUAACUUAUAUCAAGAUAUUUCUUUUUUAUCAGCACAGAUGCUUGGUCAAAUUAUUAAUGCUUUUAUUGUUCAAUUUGAAUGGAAAAGUAUUUGUGUUAUUGCUUUUAUUUUUCUUCUUAUUUUUAUUGGUAGUAAUUAUGCUUUAUCAAUAGGAGGAAAUAGAUUGAAUGGAGAUUAUCACUCACUUAACUCUAAUAAUACUAACUUUCCUUCUUUUCCAUAUUAUCAAUAUUAUCCAAUUUUUCCACCACCUUUAAACUAUAACAAUUCAAAUCAUGUCGAUAUACCAUAUAUGAGAAUACCUUCUCAUAACAAAAUUUUUCAGAAUAACAAUUAUUCUAGAUAUCCUUAUCAAUAUGAAAAUAAUUACUCUAAUUUAAAUGAAGAUAAUACAAUAAAUCAUCCAGUAUCAAGAAGCAAAGAAUUUUCUGAAGGUUAUAAUUCAUCUAAGAAAGAUAACAAAAAAAGCUCUAAAAGGCUAGGUUUUUUAAAAUAUUUAACAAGAGACAUCAAAUAA